GGUCACACACAGCCGGCGGCUGCUGCUGACACAUUUACUGGUUACUACGGAGUGCAGAUAGGAUGGACCUGCAGAGGACUAGAGGCUGUGACUCCCCCUGCUGGCCAUUCAGUACCUAGGCAGCAGCCACCAUGGGGCGGGUGUGACAUCUUACCUGUCCCAGCACUUCCUUGUCGUGCUGGGGACCUCAUCCGUCUACCUUCGUGCUGGAGGCGGCCUGACCUUGUGGGGGAUUCGUUCCCCAUAGCAUGGAGAGAGCCAUGGAGCAGCUCAACCGUUUGACCCGCUCCCUCCGCAGAGCCCGCACCAUAGAGCUACCGGAAGAUAAUGAAACUGCUGUUUACACUUUGAUGCCUAUGGUGAUGGCUGAUCAACACAGAUCUGUAUCAGAGCUGCUCUCAAAUUCUAAGUUUGACGUCAACUAUGCCUUUGGUAGAGUUAAAAGAAGUUUGCUCCACAUCGCCGCCAACUGUGGUUCUGUGGAGUGCCUUGUUCUGCUUUUAAAGAAAGGAGCCAAUCCAAAUUAUCAGGAUAUUUCCGGAUGUACACCUCUUCACUUGGCAGCACGAAAUGGGCAGAAGAAAUGCAUGAGCAGGCUCUUAGAAUACAAUGCAGAUGUCAACAUCUGCAAUAAUGAAGGUCUGACUGCGAUUCACUGGCUAGCUGUAAAUGGACGGACAGAGCUUCUUCAUGACCUUGUCCAACAUGUCAGCAAUGUGGAUGUAGAAGAUGCAAUGGGGCAGACAGCACUGCAUGUCGCCUGCCAAAAUGGUCACAAGACUACUGUGUUGUGCUUAUUGGAUAGUGGUGCAGAUAUAAACAGGCCCAAUGUUUCAGGAGCUACUCCAUUGUAUUUUGCAUGCAGUCAUGGACAAAGAGAUACAGCACAGAUACUGUUAUUGCGUGGUGCUAAGUACCUACCAGAUAAGAAUGGUGUGACCCCACUGGAUCUCUGUGUGCAGGGUGGAUAUGGUGAAACCUGUGACAUUCUCAUACAGCAUCAUCCCAGACUCUUCCAGACAUUAAUCCAGAUGACUCAGAAUGAAGAUCUUCGGGAGAACAUGUUGCGGCAGGUCCUUGAACAUUUGUCACAGCUAAAUGAAAGCCAGUACCUUAAGAUGCUUACAAGCCUUGCUGAAGUUGCUACAACAAAUGGCCACAAACUGUUAAGUCUCUCCAGCAGUUACGAAGCUCAAAUGAAGAGUCUGCUUCGUAUUGUACGGAUAUUUUGCCAUGUUUUUCGCCUUGGCCCUUCGUCUCCCAGUAAUGGAAAUGACAUGGGCUACAACGGAAACAAAACGCCAAGAAGCCAGGUGUUCAAGGUCAGAAAAGUAUAUGACGUUUUUAGGAAGAUAGACGUAAAAGAGAUGAAUGUGACAAAGCAUGCACUCAUUUAUCAGACCCCUUCUCAACAGGAACCUUUAGAAUUACUUUGGCAUUCCUUAGAUGAAUGGUUAGUUCUCAUAGCCACAGAACUGACUAAAAGCCAGAGAGACUCCACCAACAUCACUUGCAUUUUGCUGAAGCAGAAACCACUGGAUCAACAAGAUCUUUCUCUAGCUCAUCAAUCAGCUGUCGGAGAGAAUGGAAGCACAGAACAUCUCUCCGUAUCACUAAGCACAGAGGACUUUAGGAGCUAUGAAACUGUCGGGGCUCACGAAGCUGUUGCAGAUGGUCAGGAUGUUAUCUCAAUGACCUCAAAUCGACUCAGUGCUGUCAUACAAGCCUUCUAUAUGUGCUGUUCUUGCCAGAUGCCUCUGGGGAUGACUUCUCCACGCUUUAUUGAAUUUGUUUGCAAACAUGAUGAAGUUCUAAAAUGUUUUGUUACAAGAAAUCCCAAGAUCAUAUUUGAUCACUUUCACUUUCUUUUGGAGUGUCCUGAACUGAUGUCAAGAUUUAUGCACAUAAUUAAAGCCCAGCCUUUUAAGGAGCGCUGUGAAUGGUUUUAUGAGCACUUACAUUCUGGGCAGCCCGAUUCUGAUAUGGUCCACCGGCCUGUGAACGAGAAUGACAUAUUAUUGGUGCAUAGAGAUUCUAUUUUUAGGAGUAGCUGUGAAGUGGUGUUUAAAUCAAACUGCGAAAAACUUAAGCAGGGAAUUUCUGUGCGUUUCCAUGGGGAAGAAGGCAUGGGACAAGGAGUUGUACGUGAGUGGUUUGAUAUACUGUCUUCUGAAAUGAUCAAUCCUGAUUACGCUCUUUUCACACAAUCAGCAGAUGGGACAACCUUCCAGCCAAACAGUAACUCAUCAGUAAACCCAGACCACUUGAACUACUUCCGAUUCGCUGGAGAGAUUCUGGGACUUGCACUUUAUCACAAGCAGUUGGUCAACAUUUACUUCACCAGGUCCUUUUACAAGCACAUCCUGGGUAUUCCAGUAAAUUAUCAGGACGUGGCCUCCAUUGACCCAGAAUAUGCAAAGAACUUGCAGUGGAUUUUAGAUAAUGAUAUUAGUGACCUGGGAUUAGAACUUACUUUCUCAGUUGAGACAGAUGUGUUUGGAGCUAUGGAGGAAGUGCCCCUAAAACCAGGAGGAGCAAGCAUACUUGUUACUCAGGAGAACAAGGCAGAAUAUGUCCAGCUUGUUACUGAACUUCGCAUGACGAGAGCCAUUCAGCCACAGAUCAAUGGAUUUUUGCAGGGGUUUCAUAUGUUCAUACCACCUUCUCUAAUACAGCUUUUUGAUGAAUUUGAGCUGGAGCUUCUUCUGUCUGGCAUGCCAGAAAUUGAUGUGAACGAUUGGAUAAAAAACACAGAAUAUACCAGUGGCUAUGAGAGAGCAGAUCAGGUCAUUCAGUGGUUCUGGGAAGUAGUACAAGAAUUAACUCAAGAGGAGAGAGUUUUGCUUUUGCAAUUUGUUACGGGCAGUUCCCGGGUACCUCAUGGCGGUUUUGCUUACAUCAUGGGUGGAAGUGGGCUACAGAACUUCACCAUAGCAGCUGUGGCAUACACAUCAAAUCUGCUGCCAACGUCUAGCACAUGCAUCAAUAUGCUUAAGUUGCCUGAAUACCCAAGUAAGGAAAUCCUUAAGGACAGGCUUCUUGUGGCAUUGCACUGCGGAAGCUAUGGUUACACAAUGGCAUAAUGAGGAAAGAAAAACUCAUCUGACUACUGAUGCGCAAUUCAGAGUGGCAGAAGCAAUUUAGAAAACUGUCAAGAGGAAAACAGGCUAGAUACUGCCCAUAGGCAGGGCUGACUUUCAAAGAUGUGUAAAGUAUCUAUUUUCUUCUAGAUUAAGUGCUUGUGUGGAUGUGAUUUGAAAAGCUAGAACAAAAUAGUUUUCACUGGUGCUUCAUACCUUUCCAAUUACAGCUGGGAAAACAAGGUACAAAUGAAGACAGCUUUUCAGCGUUUCAUAUUUUAUGUGUUCUCUUCAUGUGGUAUGUUAAAACACUGUGUCAGUUUGCUUUUAUUCUGUUUUAUUAUUUUUAUCAAGGCUCAUUCAGAGAUGAAGUAUGUGUGUUGGAUGUGCGUUAAAGGAAAAAAAAAAGUAAAAUCUACAGCUGUUACUGUGUAUCUUCUGUGGGUUUAACAUUUUAGUGUACAUAUGUUGUAAAAGUGAGUUGUUUUGUAAUCAUACCAUUCUGCUAUCAACAAUGUACCCUCCUCACAGUUUAUAUUCAUUUUUAUUAUGCUGCAGUAGUUCGGUUUCCAUGUAACUUAUUAAGCAGUUCAUCUGUUUUUCAUUUUACAACCGUCUUAAGAAAGAGGACCGUGAAGUUUUACGUUUUUAUUCUUGGUUGUUUCUUGUUUAUUAUACCUUUUUUUGGUCUAUUUUGUUUAUACAGUUGUUGUAUAAUGUAUCUCAAAUGUAUUUUUGUACAAAUGAGCUUGCUAAAAUAAAGUAUUUUAUAAAUUGCCUUUGAUAAACUGGCACAAUAUUCAAA